AUGCCACCAAAGCCAGCACACAACGUCAAGACACCCGACAACCACAACAAUGCUAUUGUAAUCGACUUCUCAAAGUGUCUUGGUUGCUCAAUGUGUACCACAAAAUGCUGUUACGGCGUUUUAGAAAAGCAAGGCCCAAAAAUCCCCCCAUUCAUCAAACCAAACAGAAAGGAUGUUACUGUGGACAACACCGACACCACAAGAGUUUUGAUUGAAGAGACUGACUGCGUCGGCUGUGGUCAAUGCUCAAACGUCUGUAACUUCGGAGCCAUUACUCCAGUCGACCACAUCACUCGCACAUUUGAGGCUAAAGCUGCCGGCAAGAAACUUGUCGCCAUGAUUGCUCCAGCCACCCGUAUUGGUAUUGCUGAGGCAUUUGGAUUGCCAAUGGGUUCACAAGCCCUCCACCAAUUGGUUCACUGCUUGAGACUUGUUGGAUUUGAUUAUGUCUUUGAUAUCAACUCAGCUGCUGACAAGACCACCAUGGACGAUCUUGAAGAAGUUGUCGAGCUCAAGAAAGAGGGUAAAGGCCCUGCCAUUACAUCAUGCUGCCCAGGUUGGAUGGAGUACCUUGAAAAGAAGUACCCAGAACUCAUUCCACAUGUCUCCACUGCUAGAUCACCAAUCGCAUGUUUGGCUUCCCUUGUCAAAAACGCAUGGGCCAAGGAUGUCGGACUUGCAAAAGAAGAUGUAUACACCGUUGGUAUUAUGCCAUGUGUUGCUAAGAAAGUCGAGUCUCAAAGGGCCAACUUGCACCAAGACUAUGAUGCUGCUAUCACCACCAACGAAAUUGCUGCAUACUUCAAGAAGAACUUGCCAGCCGAGGAGCUCAAAUUCACUGAAGAAAAAGAGGCUGCUUUGAGCAAAACCGAUGAUGGGCAGUGUGACUUGCCAUUCAGAAGAAUUUCAGGAGGAUCAAACAUCUUUGCAAAGAGUGCUGGUGUCGCUGAGACAGUCCUCAGAGUGUUAGUGAAAGAUGCUGGAGAGAAGUGGGAUCCAUCUAAAAUUGUCGCUGAAGAGAUGUUCAAAGACGCUGCUUCUGGGUCUGCAAUGAACAAGUUGACAAUCAAAAUUGGAGAGAGUACAAUAGUUGGUGUUAUUUGCCACGGAGGACAUGCAAUUCACAAAGCAUGUGAAAUGAUGAAAAAUAAUGAGAUGCAAGGUGUUGAUGUUGUUGAGAUGAUGGUAUGCGUUAAUGGAUGCCAAUGUGGUGGUGGACAGCCAAAGAUUCCACCAGCGAAGAAGAACGAUGUUGUCAAGAGAACUGCUGAGUUGGAUCGACUCGACCAUGAAACUGACAUUGCUGUAGCUUCUGAAAAUACUGAUGUUCUUGGAUGGAUUGAUGCUCAUAUGAACAAACACGAGCAACAUGAAUUGUUACACACUUCUUUCCAAGCAAGGUAUCAAUAA